CCUGGCCCUUCAGCCUCUGCUCUUACUGCUGGACCCGGUCUGCCCACCCAACCUUUGCUCCCACCUCCUAGUCACCAACUCAGGCACACCAGUCCCAUCCCAGGCUGGAACCGUUGCAGUCGGGAGCUCUGGGAUGGAGCCCGAGACAGUGCUGUGGGGCCCAGAUCUGCAGGGUCCUGAAGAGAGCCGGGACAAUGCUCACAGAGGUGCUGGAAGUGGGAAUGAAGAAGAGAGCCCUCAACAGGAAAGUUCUGGGGAGGAGAUCAUCUUGGGAGAUCCAGCUCAGAGUCCAGAAUCCAAGGACCCAGCAGAGAUGCCCCUGGAGAGCCCCUCCCAGGAUGCCUCAGCCCCUCAGGAUUCCCCAGUCCCACUUGGUUCUUCCGACCCCUUAGACCACCAGACCCCUAUGGACCCAUCAGCCCCUGAGGUCCCUUCCCCAUCUCAGUGGACCAAGGCUUGUGAGACCAAUUGGCAGUGGGGAACCCUCACCACCUGGAACAGCACCCCAGUAGUCACUGCCAGUGAACCCAGCCUGCGGGAGCUGGUGCAGGGCCGCCCUUCUGGGGCUGAGAAGCCCUACAUCUGCAACGAGUGCGGCAAGAGCUUUAGCCAGUGGUCCAAGCUGCUACGGCACCAGCGCAUCCACACGGGGGAGCGGCCCAACACGUGCUCAGAGUGCGGCAAGAGCUUCACACAGAGCUCACAUCUGGUGCAGCACCAGCGCACGCACACAGGCGAGAAGCCCUACAAGUGCCCCGACUGUGGCAAGUGCUUCAGCUGGAGUUCCAAUCUGGUGCAGCACCAGCGCACGCACACCGGUGAGAAGCCCUACAAGUGCACCGAGUGUGAGAAAGCCUUCACACAAAGCACCAACCUCAUCAAGCACCAGCGGUCCCACACUGGGGAGAAGCCCUACAAGUGUGGCGAGUGUCGGCGUGCUUUCUACCGCAGCUCAGACCUCAUCCAGCACCAGGCCACACACACAGGCGAAAAGCCUUACAAGUGCCCAGAGUGUGGCAAGCGCUUCGGUCAGAAUCACAACCUGCUCAAGCACCAGAAGAUCCACGCAGGGGAGAAGCCAUAUCGCUGCACCGAGUGCGGCAAGAGCUUCAUUCAGAGCUCAGAGCUGACCCAGCACCAGCGCACUCACACUGGGGAGAAGCCCUACGAGUGCCUGGAGUGUGGCAAGAGCUUUGGCCACAGCUCCACGCUCAUCAAGCACCAGCGGACACACCUCCGAGAGGACCCCUUCAAGUGCCCUGUCUGUGGCAAGACCUUCACGCUGAGCGCCACGCUGCUGCGCCAUCAGCGCACACACACCGGCGAGCGGCCCUACAAGUGCCCCGAGUGCGGCAAGAGCUUCAGCGUCAGCUCCAACCUCAUCAACCACCAGCGCAUCCACCGCGGGGAGCGGCCCUACAUCUGCGCCGACUGCGGCAAAAGCUUCAUCAUGAGCUCCACGCUCAUCCGCCACCAGCGGAUUCACACAGGUGAGAAGCCCUACAAGUGCUCUGACUGUGGCAAGAGCUUCAUCCGCAGCUCGCACCUCAUCCAGCACCGCCGCACACACACGGGCGAGAAACCCUACAAGUGUCCAGAGUGCGGCAAGAGCUUCAGCCAGAGCUCCAACCUAAUCACACACGUCCGCACACACAUGGACGAGAACCUCUUUGUGUGCUCAGACUGUGGCAAGGCCUUCCUGGAGGCUCAGGAGCUGGAGCAGCACCGUGUGAUCCAUGAGAGAGGCAAGACACCUGCCCGGAGAGCUCAGAGUGACAGCUUGCUAGGGCUCGGGGAGCCUGCCCUGCUGACCCCGCCACCAGGAGCCAAACCCCACAAGUGUCUGGUCUGUGGAAAGGGUUUCAAUGAUGAGGGCAUCUUCAUGCAGCAUCAGCGGGUUCACAUCGGAGAAAACCCAUACAAAAAUGCAGACGGCCUCACAGCACACUCGGCCCCCAAGCCUCCGCAGUUCCGUUCCCCCAGGUUCCCCUUUGCAGGCAAUUCACACCCAGGUGCUUCCGAGGGCAGAGCUGACCCCCCAGGACAGUCCUUGAAAGUGCCUGAGGGUCAGGAGGGCUUCAGCCAAAGGCUAGGUCAGCUCUCCUCAAAGUGCUAUGUUUGUUCCCACUGUGGAGAAAGCUUCCUCGACAGGGCUGUGCUCCUGCAACAUCAGCUCACCCACGGCAACGAAAAGCCUUUUCUCUUUCCCGAGUGUAGGACUGGCCUUGGGGAAGGGGCAGAGCCCAGUCCUUUCCUAAGUGGAAAGCCCUUUAAAUGCCCAGAGUGCAAAAAAAGCUUUGGCCUGAGCUCUGAGCUGCUGCAGCACCAGAAAGUCCAUGCGGGCGGGAAGUCCCAGAAGCGCUCGGAGCUGGGCAAGAGCUCAUCAGUGCUGUUGGAACAUCUCAGGAGCCCCUUGGGGGCCAGACCCUACAACUGCCCUGAUUGUGGGACCUCCUUCCUCGAUCGACUAGCACUUACCCGCCACCAGGAAACCCACACUCAAGAAAGAGCCCCCACUCCUGAAGACCCCCCCUCAGAGCCAGCCACCCUGUCCACAAACCGGGAAGAUGAGGGAGAGGCCUCUAUGCCCCCAACAGGUGGCAGCCAUAGGGAAGAGGGAAGUCCUAAAACUCUCUCACAGGAAAAGCCCUAUGUGUGUCCUGAAUGUGGAGAUGGCUUCACAGAAGUUGCGACACUCCUCCUCCACAGGAGUUGUCACCCAGGUGUCUCCCUGUGAAGUAGGUCUGGAGACCAGGGACCUCUCUCUCCUGAGAAUGUGGGGAAAGCAGGACAACCCCAUCAGAUCAUAGAGAAGCGGAGGGUCAAGGACCCUGGGAAGAAAUAGUGCAUUUGCAUCAGCGAUUUGAAGCCUGUGAGAUUGUGGGUGGGAACCCCUUAUAAGCUGUAGAGAAAAACUGCUGGGUUAGAAGCCCUAUAAGUAUGUAGGAAAAAAAGCCCUUUAAGUCUGUAGCAGAGAAAUCCUAUAAACCAUAGUGGGUAAAAGCCCUAUUAAUUGUAGGAAGAGGUUCUAACUUGUUUCUAGACAAACCCAUAAAACUGUAUCAAAGUCCUUAUCAGAAUCCUGUAGGGUGGUGGAGGCCUAGAGAAUACAGGCGGCACUGACUAGGGAGUGCCCUGGGUGGUGGAGGAACACCUGAACUCUUCCUAGUAUUCUCCCCUGGCAGCCUUGGACAGAGGACAGUGAUCAUGAGGAAGUCAUGCAGGAACGCAGUAGCGCUAGAAAACGAAAUGGGGAGAGAAUGACUAGGUGCUUCCAGACCCGCAGGUGAGACAAGACGUCCGUUGCUCUGGGGGCUCUUUGGUGAAUUGUGUGAACUAGGGAAAGGAAGACUGGGGGGCUUCCUUACCAAUAAGAGCCCCCAAAUGGGAAAGAAGCAAAAAUGGCAAGCCAUUUUAAAGGCUGGAGUUUGAGGUGUAUAACAAACCUCAAGUGUAAGAAUAGUGAGAAAAUGUUGAGAAACCACUUCAGCUAUUAGGGGAGAGUUAUAUUUGUUUGAAGGAAAGCAAAGCACAGUGGAGAAACUGCAGGUGGAAGCUAGCCAGUUCCUCCUCCUGGGAGCUUGUUAAACUUCAAGUGCAAGCAGGUCCCAGUCAGGCUGUCAGGCUUCCUCAGACAGGCAGGACCAGCCUUUCCCCAGCCCAGCUGCAGAUGUCUACUCUGAGAGGCCUCUGGGGUUUCAAGGGGCCUCUGCCACAUUCUCAGGUCUCACAGGUUUUACCUGAAAGCUAACUGCCACAAAUCUUACUGUAGUGGCAACCCAUUUCCUCGAAUUCUGUCCUCAGUGGAGAGAGCCACUCGCUGCUAGUCAACUUCCAAAGAAUAAAUUCCUUCAGAGAGUCAAGGCUUGUAUGUGCUUGUCCUCCCUAGACUUCUGCAAGUUCAUGAGAGCCACUUGUGGGUUCUCUGUGGUGACGAGGGAUGGCAGACAACAGAAUAGACAGCUUUGAUUUACCAGCAACACGAUGUAAACCUCAGCCUGUUGUGUGAACUCUAUGUAAGGCUGCCUGCAGGAUGAGCCAGGCUGCACGUGGUGGACGUCCUGACAUGGCACAGACUGGACCAGAGUCCUUGAAGAGGCAAUGGAAACUUGACCGCCUUCUUCAUCCCAGUACUUGGAUACCCUUGAGAUGGGCUGGCCAAAUUUGAUCCUGACUCGGGGAAGGGAAAGAUUCUACCUGAUCCUUUUGGCCUUUCUCUCCUUAGCCAGGAACCAUUCGAGGGAAAUGAAAGGCUGAGAAAUGCUUCCUUUCCAGGCCCAUCUCCUCCUCAGACACCACAGGCUAGAUGCCUCAUUUAGUCCAACCAAACCUGCUCACGUGACUGGAGCUCUCUGAUGAAGCAGACACAGUUGCCCUAAAAGUGGUUGAAGAAAAACUUCGGCACAAGCAUCUGUAACAAAAACCCUUAAAGAUGGGAAGGACUGUCCCUCAUAUUUGGUUGCAAAGGGGGUGUCCUUAGCCCAGUGCUGGCAUUAGUGACAUACUAUCCAGAGUAGGAGGACUGAGACACAAGUGAUAUGGCUCUUUAGGAGUCCUGUGCCCAGAAGAGUGACCUGGGUAUCUACAAAGCUGUGGAAGAGACCUCUGAUUCCAUUACCUAAAAGUUCAAAAGGUAGAGACCCAUCACCCAUCCUGUUUAAAGGACCAAAAUCUAGAAUACUGGGAGAAAAAUGCCAGUCCUCCUGGGAAGAGAGAAAAGGCAGGCCUUAUACGAUUACAGAGAGCCUUGCUAGAGUCCCAAGUACCAGGCAGGGGAGCACCAUGGAGACGGGGAGGAGUCUGUAUAUUGACAGAAAUGGAGUAGAUAACUCUAAGUAAAGUUGAUUCGUCCCCUUCUAAGGUGGUAGCAGAAACUAGAGGGAGAUCCUGUGUAGGAGCAGAUUCCCUCAGACCCGGGUCUGAAAGUCUGUCAUCAGAAGACUGCUGGGGGCAGGCGGUCUGUGUAGUCAUGGCCAAUUGUAGACUAUCGAGAACUAAGAUGUAGCGUAUGUAAUAAGAUGCUCACAUGUUCAGGAGACAAGUGAGGGCUAUGGUCUUGACUCCAGUAUUGAGUGGACCAUGUGGAUAGGUGGUGACUGGGUUUCCUACUAGGAAAAAGGCAGAGCAGAGACCUCGAGGUGAGACCUGUUCUCUUGGCUACCUCCUUCUCAGACCUAGCUACACCAUUUAGAGAAUCUGUUGUAGGACCCAGUCUUGUAACUGGCUCAGGAAAAGGUCCACCAAAAUAAAGUCUGGAAGGCAUAAUGGCGCCAACUCCAUACUGGGCCAGAGCCCUCAGAAGUGCCCCUGGGGAAGAGCCCAGCAACCAUGGGCAGAGGAGCACAAGCAUAGGAGAGGGCGGGGCUGAUCUGCACUCAGGGGAAACUUAGAACUGGUGUUGAGUGUGGAGGUCAAAUAGGGCGCAUAAAGGAACUGGGUAUGAGCCCUGAAUUGGGAAGAGGACUUGAAACCAUCAUGAUCCCCGUCUGAAGUGAGUGGCUCCCAGAAUCCUUUGCCUCCACAAAGGAAGCCCCGAUCACUUGACUUCUCCCUAUGGAGUGAAGGGAAGUCCUAUUUUUGAGUGUCUUGUGUCAGUAACAGUGUUGUGUCACCAGUGGUCAUGUUGAAUAGUUGAAGAGAAUAAAGGGAGUAAGAGUU